AUGAAAUACUCACUUAUUGAUGACCAUGAUGAGCGUGGUGCCCAUGUUGAGCAUGAUGCCCAUGAUGACCGUGGUGUGCAUGAUGACCGUGGUGUGCAUGAUGACCGUGGUGACCAUGAUGCUCGUGGUGACCGUGAUGUUCAUGAUGAUCGUGAUGUUCAUGAUGAUCGUGAUGACCGUGAUGAUGUUUGUGAUGCUUGUGGUGAUGAAGUUUGUGAAGAAGUUUAUGGAGAUGAUGAUGAUGACCGUGAUGAUGGAGUUUGUGGUGAUGAUGGUGGCCGUGAUGAUGAUGAUGGUGUGGAUGGUGAUGAUGGUGGUGGCCGUGAUGAUGAUGGUGGUGGUGAUGAUCUUCGUGGUGGUGGUGGUGGUGGUGAGGAUGAUGAUGAUGGUGAUGAUGAUGUUCUUCGUGAUGAUGGUGGUGAUGAUGUUUCUCGUGAUGAUGAUGGUGUUUUUCGUGGUGAUGAUGAUGAUCGUGGUGGCCGUGAUGGUGUUUGA